GGAGAAGACGACGAUCUUGCAAAUGAAGUAGAAGAAGAAGAGGAUGUUAUUGACAACAACCUGAGAUGGCUUUUAGAGGAGCAUAUACAGUGGCCUGUUCAGGACCUGAAGGAAGGCAGCGAGAUGACAACUUUCCUGAUGGACAACUUUGUGAUUAUCAUUGGAGCAAUCUUGUCAGACAGUUCAUACCCAGUGCCACAACGAGCCAUCGGGGUGGGCAGUGCCUUUGAAGGCUGGAGUCCCCGGGAAGAGGAUGUUGUGUACUGUGUCCUUGUACCUCUCAAACCUCCCCUGGGGUACACCUUCCAUCUGGAGAUGGACACCUCAGGGCAGUUGCCAGGGAGGAACUUCUGCGUCCGCGUGGAGCCGGUGUGCACCUGCCCGAGGGAGCAGCAGGACGAGAACGUGCUGUGCUCCCUCCACCACCCAGAGGAAGAGCAGAGGAGAAAUGAGGAGCCCAACUUCCGAAACACCCUCUGCACUGGCUCCUACCUCGAUGUGGAUAAAACUGCCCGCUGGUUCUACCAGUUGGUGAGAGCGACUUGGCCGGCUUUGCCUCUGUCACACAGUUGGCAAUUAGUGCUGCUGCCCUCCAGCCGCUGCUGCAAAUUCAAGGUGACCAGAGGCAGACAGAGCCUGACAGUUGAGCUGCUCUUUGGGGUGCAAGAAGGUAAUUCAGACAUCUAUGUGAGCAGCCAGCCUACAGAGGCCCUCUUCACCCCAAGCACAAUGUGGCCUGAGACCUACGCUGUGGCAGAGAUGAAGUUCUUCAGGUACAUUGCCAGGGAGGCUCCACCUAACAGCUGGCACCUCAAAUGCUUGCAGCUUGUGGCCCGUGCUCUGGUGGGCAUAGACUUCUCCACCUAUACGAUGAAGACCAUUGUGAUGCACCUCCUGAACACCAUACCUCUGUCAGGCUGGCGCAUGACGCAUUUCCUGCAGCGGCUGGACGAUACCAUACAGUACCUGCGCGGCUCCCUGGAGGAGAAACGCCUUGACCACUUUGUUGUGGGCAACCAGACAUUUCCUCGAGAGAUUCUCUUGCCCCCAGAUGUCAAAACCGCCGAGCCACCCAACCUCUUCCAUCGCCUGGCGCAGGAUCCGGACGCCCACACGCAGGCAAUGUGCGAGUGCGAUGAACUGGGACUUCGGCUCUCAAGAAUGCUGAACGAUGGCCAUUGAAAGAAGUCUUCCUGCACACAGCUGUGCUUGUGGGGCUCACAGCUGAUCAAAGACAAGCACCUCCUACUGCAGGCAAAAAGAGAGGAGCAUGUGG